GCCAAGGCACCAAAAACUGCCGCCGGAGCUCUUCUGCACGCAACGACGCAGCACAAACGACCCCGCCCAAAACGAGCACCCGUAAAGGCCCUCCCAGAGCCCAAUGCCCACCAGCCCCUCCAGCACUGCCCGCAGCGCCGCGUCGCCGUCCGCGGCCGCCAAACCGCAGCGAAACGGGCCCACAGCAGCGCGCAUCUCCCUGCUAGCGGUACCGCUCCUGGCCAUCGCGCUCUCGCGCCGACGCGGACCGCGCGUCUUCACGAAAGCCGAGCUCGCCCAAUACGUGGACAUCAAACACGGCUUAAAAGUAGCGAUCUGCGGCCAGGUCUUCGACGUCACGAAGGGCGCCGAGUUCUACGCCAAGGGCGCGGGCUACGGCUUCUUCGCGGGCCGCGACGCGUCGCUGGCGUUCGCGACCGGCAACUUCAAGACGAAUUUGACGGACAACGUCAGCUCGCUGGCCGACGCGCAGCUCCUCGACCUCCAGAACUGGGUCAACGACACGUACCACAAGAAGUACGUCCACGAGGGCGUCGUCGCGGGCUACUUCUACGACGCGAAGGGCCAACCGACGGAAGCCCACAAAGACUUCGACGAACGCGUCGAAAAAGCAAGGGAGGCCGCCGCGCGGCAGGCGCUCGACGUCGAGAAGUACCCGGACUGCGCGUCGCGGCGGACGCAGACGGAGCGUUCGGUCUCGUGCAAGAAGGGCCGCGUGCCGAUACGCCGUCGAACAGAAACCGGCACCGAACGAUGCGCCUGCGUCCUGGAACGCGACGAGGGGCUCGGCGCCAAGUACGAGAAUUGCACCGUGAGCGAGGGCGGGCGGACGUCGUGCGCGCUCGGGUAGCAGAGGGGCCGCUCGACGGCGUAUCUGCUCGGACGCAGCGCUGGAGGACGCGCUUCGUG